GAGGUCGCCACGCACUCCAUGCGGGUGCAACAAGAUGUGCAGCGCCUCAUGCAGCGCUCCCAGGCACUGGAGUCGCGGCUGUCGGCGCUGGACGGGCUGGCAGCCUCCAUGGCCACUGGCGGCGGAGACGCUUCAGCGGCUGCCGUGGAGGCCCUCGAGCGCCGACUCGAGCAGCAUCUUGAUGAGAAGCUGAGCCCGCUGCGGGAGCAGUUGUCGCUCCUCGAUGCGCCCGAGAAGAUCACGGCGGAGGAGAAGAUGGACAAGGGUCUGCUCGAGCAGGUUCACAAGGAUCUUCUCUUCGGCUCGCCAGCCUCGCCCAGUGCGCAGGAGGAG